AUGGCCACAGCAUGGCCACGGCAUUCUCCACAGGAGGGCAUUGAUGAUCCUGAAGAUGCAAUUGGACCACUGGGUGACACAGUGUACGACGUGGAGUUCGUUAAGGUCACCGAGCCAGAUGCGGAUCCAAUCUUCCUCUACAUUGGCAUUGGAGCCGCCUUCCUCCUCACCCUGACAACGCUCUUCUCCGCCGUGAACGAGGAGCCUGAGAGGCGGGAGUACGAGACAUCGGGCCCCUUCUCCUUCUUCGAACGGCCAGACAAGUGA